AUGAAGGACCGGGAAACCGUUGAAAAUCUCGGGCAGCCUUCGACCUCCGCCAUGCCAGCUGAAGAAGAGUUGAAAAAGCCCCGAAACCGGCACGAGGUCUUUUACAUCUUUUUUUUUCGAGAUUCAAUUUUUUACGUAAACUUUUCGCUUGAUAAAACAUUAUUUUGUUGCACUAUAAUAGAAAUUAGUUGAUUUUUUUAUCAAUUUUUUUCGUAAACUGUUAGUGGUAUAAAAUUAAUUCAUCUUUCACUUAUAACUAUUCAAAGCUCUAAUGUAUAAUUAAUUUCCCAGGAUGUGACAAAUCGGUGGUUCGGCUACCAGAAACCGUACCCUCAUGCCCCUUGGUCCACGAAACGGUACAAUAUGAACAUUGAGGGGUUGGUUAAAUGCCAUUCCAGUUUCAUUCAACUCAAAUUUCAGUUUACACGAGGAAAUCCUCGAUUUGUACCAUUGGAUCAAGCCGACUUCUUUGGAGGCGAAUGUGCGGCGAAGGGUUUUUGAAAAGGUUGAUUUUUCGAGAAAAAAGGAGUUCUGAAAAUAUUUUUCCUCUUUAGCAGAUAUCCAAUUACAAUUUCCCACCGGUUUUUCAUAUUUUUUGUAAUACUAAGAGAAGUGAAAAUUGUUUUAUCGAAGUCUGUUUAUUUUCGAUCUUAUGAGGAAAUUUUCGAAAAAUUCUCCCGGCAUCGCCAGUUUCUAUUGAAAAAAACUCGAAAAUUUUUUUUUCUAAACUAUUUUUUUUCUAUUGUACAUAUGUAUCUCCGGGAAUCUUUGAAAAAAAAAUAAAAAGGAAACUUUUCUCUGGACGCCCUCUUGUUUACCGGUGCUCUCUAGCUUUUUGAAGACUAGUUUUUUUCAUUUUUUUGGCAACAUAGAUUCACAAAUAAAAAAAUUGAUUGAUUUUCCAGUUAAUUAAAAUUUCAAAAUUUUCCCACUUUUCUUGAAUACUUGAAGUUGUGACCGAAACAAAGACGAAUGAUUUUUGCUGAAAGUUAAAAUUUUGUUUUACUUUUUUUCUAGAAUUUUUUUAAGCUCUACAAAACAAAAUCCAUUUUUCUAAGGUAUCCCUGAGAGUUUCGAUUUUUACGCUCCUCUUGUAUAUUCCCGAGUAAAUCGGCAAACCGGACGCGCCCCGGACGUUUCUGAGAAUUUCAAGUAAAUACUUAAGUGGGCAGACUCUUAAAAACGUCCGGUUUGCGUUACCGAGGUCCGACUUUGACCGAAACAAAGAUGAAUUAAUUUAUUUUAUUUUUUGGCAGGUAGCCGCGGCAAUACGAGAGCGGUGGAAAGAGUACGACGUGCGGAUAUCCAUGUUCGGAAGUCUGCUGACGAACUUAUUCCUGCCGUCGUCGGACAUUGACGUUCUCGUCGAGUGCGCAGAGUGGGGCCAACCUACAACUGAUGUGAUUUGAUUCGCCUUGAUUGCCGUGUUUUACGUCUUGGCUGUUCGAUUGAUUGAUUGAUCGAUGGGGUCUGAUGGCUGCUUUUCCCCCAUCAUUUCCCCUUGGCAACUGGGAAAUAGGAGAAAUGCGAUGUUGAUGAAGUUUUGAGCACUUUGAGACUUUAAUUUUAAACUUCGAGUUGAAAUCAAAGGUUCCUAGAAAGGCUUAUCCGACUUAAAACGACUUGCGCGAUUUCAUUUAUAUUCAUGAUGAAAUUUCGAGAAUCGUUGGCUGGAAACUUCAAGUUCAAACUUCGAGAUCAAAUCCAAAGUGCCUCAAAGGUACCUAUGAAUUUGCGUCCGACCAAAAAGCGACUUGCGUGAUUUUAUAAGGUGGAAGUUCAAGAUUUGAAUUUCUGUGUGUACCGCAACGCGUUGAGCCUUUCUAUUUGCGGCCAUUAAAUUUGAAGAUGUUGAACUUUUUUUUCAUUAGGAUCGGUUUUUGUACAUAUGGCUUAAGAAAUGUUUAUUCAUGUCUUUUUAAAUUUUUAAAUUUCAAUGUAGCUUGUAAAAAUUCCAGCAAAGGGGUCUCGAGACAUAAAACCAUUUUUAACGCUAGUUCAUAAAUCGCGGAAAGGGGGUUUUUUUAAUGUUUUUCAACAUAAAAAAAUGAUCCAGCUUUUAGAGCCCAAUAUCAGUCAAACGAACAGCUUUUUUUGUCUUUUUUAUUUUUUUUUUGUGUCAGUUUUUUUGUUUUCAAUGAAAAAGUGACAAUUUUCACUUAUUUCUGGUCUGUCCCGUCUUCAAAUCUUUUCCAUGUCUAAGGUUGAUUUUUUUGAAAUGAUUUUUAAUUUAUCUUUCUAGAUCCUCGAAAAAACUGGUGAUUCGUUGAAAUCCAGCGGGCUGGCCGAAUCCAUAUCCGUUUACAAGGAUGCGUUUGUUCCGAUUGUCAAGAUGAUUGAUAGGUUUUGUGAUUUAUCGAUUGUAGAAAAGUGUGAAUUUUUUUCUUUCAGAGAUACCCGGUUAAGCCUCGAUAUUUCGUUCAACACGGUACAAGGCGUCCGCGCCGCCCAGUUCUAUGACAAGGUUAGCUUUGAAAUCGAGAAAAGGCCUGUUUUUUGACCCGAAAUUGAUUCGCCUACCGACUUAAUUGAUUUUUUGCAGGUGAAAGACGAGUUCCCGGUGAUUGAACCCCUUGUGCUUGUCCUGAAACAGUUUCUCCAUCAUCGGUCGCUGAAUCAGACGUUUACCGGCGGAUUAUCAUCCUAUGGCUUGAUAUUGAUGCUUGUCAACUUUUUUCAGGUGAAUUUUAUAACCAAAAAAAACUUUUGUAUUCUGAAAAGCUGUAGAGUCGAAGUUCUGUAGAAUAGGAAGAAAACCGGCACAAAUAUGAGAACCCUGAGGUGGUCAUUUGGAUAUGGCUCUUCUGUUUUUCACAUCCAAAAAAAAACUUGAGUGGCCGCUCAAGUUCAUUUUUUUCCCUUUUUCGCUAAAAUGAAGCCUAGGAGGAAGAUCCCUAGAGUGGUUACUUGGUUCUUCAUAUCUUUUUUUUUCUGGAGCCAGUUCAAGUGCGAAACAUUUAAAAGAAAUCUCAAGAAUCUCUCAGUUUUGAAACAAAUAAAGUCAUUUCCAUUUUCUAAGCCGGAUCUCGAUUAAACUCGGAAUUUUUUCGUUUUGAAACAUCAAUAAAGUUCAUUUUCCCCUUUUUUACGAUUACAAAAGCUUGGGCGAAGUGGCCUAGAGGGGCUUCUUGGUCCUUAAUUUUUUCUGGAACCAACUCAAAUGCAAAUCUCUGGAUUGAACUCGGAGUAAGUCGUUUGGGAAUGGAAACGAAAAAGUUCAUUUAAAUGCCGAAUGCUGUGCGUGGAAACACGGAGGCCAUAUGCUCAUUUGAUAUUUACAGAUAUACGCGCUGCCGUUGCGGAGAAAACACGCGUACGAUGAGGGCGUCAACCUCGGCGAACUAUUGAUCCGCUUCUUCGAAGUCUACUCCCAGGUCCGGGGAUCAACAAAAUGAUUAUCGAUUAAAUUAUAUGUUAAGGGCAACAUUUGGAUUUUUCGUUGAAAAUCAGUAGAAAAAGUGAAAAGGUAUCGAAUGAAUGAGAAGAAAAGAGGCUUUUUUGAUAAAUAAUCAGUGGAACGCUUUGGUAGAGCAAUUGAAAAGGUGUGGGACUGACGAGAACAAAAAAGCUUUCUUGGCAGAAUAUCAGUAGAAUGUUCCAGUGGAACACGUGAAAAAAAAGACGUUUCUGGUUGAAAAUAGUUAGGAUUUUCCGGUGAACCAAGUAAAUUUAUAUCGAUAGAAAUUUUGAGAUUGGAGGCCCGAAACACUUUAAAAUUGAAUGCUGUUUUUAAAUUAGGACCGAGUCUUUUUUUAUUAAUUUUUCUAAGCAAGAUAAAUCGUUUCAGAUUAAAUAAAAAAAUAAACUAACUCAGAAAGAUUUUUUUAAGAAGUUUUUAAAACUUACAUUUAAAAAAAGAAAAAGUUACGGAUUUUUUUAGUCAGGCUGAUGGUGGCUUCCGAGUGGGAGCUGGUGAUUUUUUUAAAAUAUUAUUUCUAAAAGCUUUUCGAGAAGGUAUAUCUGAAAAAAGGCCAUAUUUUUAAAUCUGCUUUUCCAUGAAUUUGCUUGUAAAAAGUGUAGGACUUGAUAUGUAUUCUGAUUACAUUUCAAUCGAUCUGGAAGAAUGUUUUCAGGAGUUCAACUACGUCGACGUGGCGAUCAACGUUUCGAAAAUGCGCUACGAGAAGAAAAGACGUCAGGAAGGCCCGAAAGCCCCAAGAUCUCCCGGAUGCCUCUCCGUCCAAGAUCCCCUUCUUUCUUGUGUGUAUUGCGGUGGUACUUGAUUUAAUCUCUUUUUGUAAACUAAAUGAUUACACCAAAGUAUAAACAAAACAAACAAGCUCGAAUAAAAGGAGGAAGAAUCGACAAACAGGUACAUAAAUAUUGCGGUAUAGAUGUCAAAAAUCGUUUUGAUGUCGAAAUGAUGAUGAAUCAUGUUUGAAAACCAUAUCGAUGGCGUUUUCGACCUAUUUUGAAUGAACAAAAAAUUAACCCCCUUUUUGAAGUUUUUUCUUUUAACUCUUCCUUGUGAAAUGAUGGAGCAGUUCAAUUUUAAGAAAGAAAAAAAUAUGUUUAAAUCCAUUUUUUUCGACGUUUUUUUAUUUCAAAUUUUUUUAAUAAAAUUAUUGAGAAGUUUAAUUCAAAGAAACAAUUUGUUGGAAUAAUGAAAGUCGACGGCAAAACAAACACGCAUACAAAAAAUCAACCCGAAAAGAAACCAAAUUUGAAAUGUUUCAUUAUUCCAGGUAAUGACGUUGGCCGAUCAACGUACAACUACAACAGAGUGGCGGUCGCGUUUGCCGAAGCUUUACAGGUAAAACUUUGAAAAUUGUAGACUUUUAGCUGUAAAAUCAAAAGAAACUAGAAGUUUUUGAUCUUCUCUAUAUCUUUAAACCUCUUCGAGAUAGGCUUCUUCCUUCACACGUUCUCAACAUUUUUUCUGUCAUGAAAUACGUUUUUCCGAGCGUAAAACCGCGAGUUUCGAUCAUUUUCCGGCUGAUCGUCGAUCAGCCACAAAGACUCAUUUGUUUGCCUUUGUUUUUGUCUUCCUUGGCGUAAUUCGCCGGACCGGAAUGUUGCCAAACGUUGUUUUUUUUUGCCCGCGAAGAAGACAAAGAGUUUGGAUUUUAGAAGGGUUUUGAGGGAGUUUAGAUCAAAAAAUUUUCACUUUGAUCUGAUUUGCUCAUCCCCUAAAAGAGAAGGUUUACUGUUCACAUAUUUUAAUAUAGAACGUUCUAGAUUCAGCUUAUUAGCGCUAUGUUCCGUUCCAACGAGAAUAGUUCUGAAAUAUAUAUUUUUGAACCUGAGUUUGAGGUGAUAAUCGCGGCGAUAACCGUUCGCGACCGACCGCGUUCGUCGAUUUGGCAUUCGGUCUACAGCGGAAGCCUCCUGGCAAAGAUCAUGCCUUUCACCGAGAAGGAGAUUUUCUACCGGAGUUGGCUCAAGGUGAGGAACGAGGUAUGGAAUGAUAUCCCGGCAAUGCAACUCUAACAAGAACAAUUCUCACAUUUUUCACUUUUUGCUCUUUGUGUGUAUGAUAUUUGAAUGACCCUUUGCUUCCAUUUGAACUUUGUUUUUAUUUUUGAACACCCUAGAAACAAAAGGAGACGAAAUUUGGUUUCAUGUUUUUAGAAGCUUGAUUUUUCAAAGGGAGGAAAAAAAUUUUGAUGGAGAAAAAACUAUUUCUCGCCCAGACUUGAUAGUCUAAUUAGAUUUUGAACGUUGAGUAAACUGAGGCCAUUCGAAAACUCUGUGGAUGGCUCGCUCUCUGAUUGGCUUAUCACGCCCUUAGGGGCGGAGCUUGAGUGACGACUUGACAUUCAAAAUCUGAACAGACUGAAUGUGUUUGUUGUGCCAUUUUACCGCAGUCUUUCGACCUUCGUUCUUUUUUUCACGAGCCAACAUUUUGCGUUAAUUUCAGGGAUUUUCUCUUUCCUACGGAGAGGACAAUGUAUAUCAGAUGAACGUCCUUUGCAACACCUUGCUGUCGCCGGUUCGUUUCGAGAAAAUAUUUUGAAACUUUGAAAAUCCAAAAAAUGCCUGAAAAGCUCAAAAAUAUUUGUAGUUAUUCUUCUAGGAUAUGAGGCUUGAUUUUGGUAGUUUUUUUCCCCGGUUCAGAAGAGCUUCAAUUCCAUCGAAAAGUUUUCUCGCAUGUUUAGCGGUAACGUUUCAGCUUCUCUUAGGAUUGAUGAAAUUUGAUAAUUAUUAACUUAACAAUCAUUCUAAUAGUGAAAUUUAAACAUUUUUAAGGUGCUCGACAUGAAAAAAUUCGAAUGGUUGCGGAAUCUGCCGACAAAGGUUUCACGGCCCCUGCCGAUCGUCGCCCCGGACGAGGCAAAUGAGGUUUUCCAAGAAAAAAAAGUUAAGCGUUCACACAAACAUAUUCAGAAGAAGGAAGAGAAAGCCGCGGCACUCCAAGAGGAAGUAUUGGCCGGUACGUCGACGGAGAACACUUCUUCAUCUUCUGACACCACCCUGACGAAUGACGUUUCCGACGGGAACGUGACGAUUGUCGAAGAGCCUCUGCGGAUACCCAGGCCUCCGUCGUCUUCCAACUCGAGUGGUAACGAAGAUAACGAAGCUCAAAGGAGUCGAAAUGUUUCAGCGAGCACGGCGAUGAGCCUGAGCGAGCGCGAGAACGAGUCGCCGCCGCUGUCCAUCGAGGAGAAGCAGACGUUCAAGAAGCCGUUCAGCGAGGUCGUCGCCGCGGCACCCUCCGCCUCGUCGGAGAAGUUUGGCGGCAGCAUCAAUGGAAACUCCAGCCGAUACGUCAAUGGAUAUCACUCGACGGCGCCUCGCCACAACAACAAUUCGUCUCGGAACGGCUACUAUCCCUACCGGCAGAAGAGGAACUCGGACGACAGGAGCACGGAGAGGACUGGCUCCAGCGGCUACGCCAGCCAGGGCGAGUACCAACAUCACCCUCGCAACCAUCAGCGUCAUAACAACCAACAUCACCGCUCCAACGGCUACCAUCCCCAGAGCAACGGCAACUCGAAUCCGUCGUCGUCGGCGGCCUCCUCGACGUCUUCUCUCUCGAGAGGCUCUCCCACUCCGCCGCUCACCAACGAGGUCCCACCGUAUGACUAUGCGGCGGCCACGGCAUCUGGCAUCCCGAAGCACCACCGCAAGUCUUAUGGCGGCGCUCCGAAGAAGCCAGCCUGGACGGAGUCGUGCCGCGGGUUGGCCGCCACCAAACCGCCUUUCGCGCAGAUUUCUGAAGGCAGGAGCCGGAAGACGUCGUCCAACGACUCUUAUGGCUCUCAGCAGGUGAGAGUUGAGGGGAAAAAUUAGCGUUUUUUGAAGGAAUUUGACCACUAAUUUAGGGUUUUUGAAGUAUAAGUGUCUUUUUACAGGGCUUUGCGUCGUAAUUUUUCAUAAAUUUGCUCAAAAAGGCCCGAGAUCCCUUAGUUUCGAGAUUAAGAUUCACUUUUUUUUAUCACCUAGAAAGUUUUUCAUUCUCAAACUUUUUAUUUUACUACUCAAAACAAUUCAAAUGCUAUGGGCUAGCCAGAAAUUAGCUCAAAAAAAUGAAUUGUUUUUCGGCCAUAUCUUUUUUUCACAAAAUCGGAACCAACGUGGAGAGAUUACCUGAUGAACAUUUUUUAUAAAACGUUUGACGAUUAAUUUAACUAAACCUGUGGCAUAUUUCAGAGUUCGCGCCGAAGGUUAUGACGCCGACGUCGCCGGAGAACUGA